GCAUGCUGCUUUGAAGGAAGCGGAUUGUUGGCAAGAAAACUUGGGUUUACAACUCAAAAAAAUUGAACUAAACAGUGGUGCGGCAGGGGAACUCUCCUAAACUUCUUCCAUGCCCUUUCAUUCUGAGACAGAUGACAAGGAACAUGGAAGCAACACAAGAAUUCUCCUCAGUCCCAAAAGUCCAACUUCAACAGAAGUAUUGGGUAACAGAAGAUAGUAAAGCUAAACUGCUGGCGGUUGGUGCCAAAUGUUUGGAGCUAGUCACUCACAGAGAACAUUAUUACGAUACUACUUCAGAUGACCUAGCAAUGGCUCAAUUAUGGCUUAGUCAAAGAAAUCAACAGUGGCAUCUUAUACUAGAAUCUCAGGAGCAGAUGGAUAGAGAUAAUGUUGCAAACCAGAACAAACCAGAAAAUAUUCAGAGUGCGAAACCUACUGUCUAUGAAGAAAAAAAGCAAACACAAUUUGAGCCUAACAAUCAAAAUGACCAGCAACUUGAUUUGAUUGAAACAGAUAGUAUAUAUACAUGUGCAGCAGCCAGUUCUGCAUAUACUGAACUAGUGGGGGAGAGAGAGAUAAUUACACAUCUGGCAGACUUUCUUAACAUAGAUUUGAAAUUUGAGGAUGAAGCAAACAUGACCAUGGAAGACUUUCUGCAGAAGGCUGGUAUCCAGCAUUAUGCAAGCAAUCAUGUUAUUAAUCAAAUAACAUAUAAACUGUGUGACCAGUACACAAUUAUAAUUCAAAGGGAUGAAAGCUCUUUGAAGGAGUCUGCAACUAUAUUGUUAGAUAUGGAUAUUUUAAAUAUUUGCAAAGGCUUUGAAGAAAUGGAAAAAAUAGCGAAUUACCUGGAAUUUGAACAUCAAGCACUUCAAAGUGAACAGGAACUGCUCAUGUAACAAAAAAACCCACCAUGAGACCAAGUCCUUCAAAUUUGUGAACUAUUUUCUAAGAAAUGGUUUAAGGAUAUGAUUACCAGAUCAAUACAUUUUUUGCCCCUUUAAAUUUAAAUCCAGUGCAGUGUGUAACAAAAUCUUAUGCAGCUUGGAAAUACAGAUUUAUGGCAAUGGCAGCAGUACAACUGAUUAAUGCCAACCGUGAUCUAUGAAUAGCACUGUUAACAGCUGCUGGAGGAAAUACAUUCUAGAGAGCCCCACUAAAACGAACUGCUUAAGAUUAGUUUCCUAUUUUCAAAACUGCAAAGGCUACAUCUUGGUUCAAUUAAAUAAAUCCCUCAAUCAACCAACCCUAAUCUUUUCAUUUAACAGUUUUAGACAAAAAACACAUUUCCUGCAGAAAAAAAUCUGUCUUCAGCAAACUAGAAUCUCAAUAGCUAUGAGCAAAUAGCUUAAAAUAUUUUGCAUUUUUUACAGUGAAUACAUUGCCACUUGAAAGAGCUCCUACACUUACACUAUGCAAAAGCAUUUAAAUGAGACUUUUUUAUUUUAAAGCAAAAUUCAUCGCAACAUUUUUAUUAGAACUGUUAAUGCAAGCUUGAUCUUUCACUGCACAACCCUUAUAUAUAAAGAGGAGUCAUAGCUUGAAGCCUAUAUUACAGCUGCUGGAUACAUGUGCAGGAAAGUCAUGCAUAUCCUUGAAUCUCUCUCAUUCACAGCAUGAUGUGCAAAAUUGUUUUGUUUACCUGUCAAACAAAAAUCCAUUUUAUCUGCCUCUUAAGAAAAGAAUCAUAUGACACAUUCUCUCUUUAACAUGCCCUCAGUUGUGAUUCAGCAUUUCAUUCACUACUUUGGUGGUAGUAGUAUACAGUCGUACCCCCGAAGUUGAACGGAAUCUGUUCUGGAAGUACAUUUGACUUCCAAAAUGUUUGGAAACCAAGGCGUGGCUUCCAAUUAGCUGCAGGAAGAUUCUGCAGCCAAUCGGAAGCUGCGGAACCCGCACCAGACGUUCAGGUUCCAAAUAACGUUUGGAACUGGAGCACUAACGUCCGGGUUUGUGGCGUUCAGGAGCUAAAAUGUUCGACUUGCAAGGAGUUCGACUUCCGAGGUACAACUGUACUACUGUACUUCAACCAUACUGCUACUACUAUUAAAAUCCAGAAGAGCUGCAUGAGUUGGCCCUGUUUUCACUUUAGAGACUAGUGUAUCAUGAGGCAUUUUCCCAUGCUUUUACUCAUAUGUUUAGAGGAUAAUUUUUCAAGGAUCCCAACCAAAUUUGAAUUAAAAUUUCAGUGUUCAUAGUCAUGUCAGCAUUUUACUCUCUACUAUUUUUGUUGCUGAAUUCUGAAGAAAUGAUGAAAGAAAAUAAGAUGAGGCUAUUUCAAUGGCAUCUUAACUCAGGAAUAAAAAUGGCUGUAAAGCAUAGGACUGUGACAGUUUAUCACUAUAGUGCAGUUAGAGAACAUUUUAAGAUGCUAUUGUAAUGGAAUUAUUUGACUAUUAUAAUUGGCUGUGAUUUCAGAAGAAUGCAGUCCACCUUUAUCUAUCAUUUUACAAGCUUUCAGACUGCUUGCACUAGCUUUCAGACACCUGUUGGCUUGUUUUCCUCGAAAACAAGCCAUGUACAAUGCAACUUCAAUGAACAACAAAUAUUCAGGGUCUAUCAGGUUACUUUAUCUGAUAAUAUGUGCAUUGUUUAAUACUGAUAAAACAUUUUAAAGGACAAUUUUCCACCUGUCAUCUCUAACCAAUUCAAUGAUUAAACCUGAAGUUUUGCUACUGGAAACCAAUGUUUAAAAAACAGUUUCAUGCUAAGCAUUCAUGUAAAACUACCAAGAGAUCUAAACAAUAUUCUUGCCUAUGCUGAAUCACUUUACAAUCCACCAAUUUUUGAAAUAUAAUACUUAACAGGUUUCUAGCACAAUU